AUGAGCCAGUCGAGCGCUCUGCGGCCGCGCCUAACCAGGCAACAGCGUCGGGAACAGAGCUUGCACACUCUGCGAGAUUUGGCGACCAACCUUCAGGCCGCAGUAAACCACUCAAUUGCUUUCGGUGGUAAUUAUGAAGCAGUUGAAGUGAUUGCAUUCCAUUGGUCAAACGACACGAUGGGUGUCGCAAGUUUGGAGACCGAGCUUCUGGAAUUUCUGACUCGAGUAUAUGCGUACCAUUGCGAAUCUUAUGAAAUCCCGACCCAAAAUUCGGCCGCUCUACUGAACAGCAAGCUCGUCAACUGGUCUCUCGAACGGGCCAACAAGAAUACGUUAAGGAUCUACGUCUACUCAGGCCAUGCCGCCGGUAUGGGCCCAGAAGACCUUUCGUGGACGAUUGCCGGCGAGUCCAACGCUGAUGGAACCAUUGCUGGGCCCCGCCUCAACAUAAAGUCUGUUCUCUACUCGUGUGAGACCCUUGAGGGCGAUUGCCUCUAUAUUUUCGAUUGCUGCUCGGCCGGGUCGAUUGGGUUAUGGGAUGGCCCUGAAGCCAUCGCGGCCUGCGGCUGGGAGCAGGCCAGUUCGGCAAACCUCAACUUUUGUUUAACUCGGGUUCUCAUAGAUGCCUUGGUGGACAACAAUGGGGCACCCAUCACGGUGGCUUCACUUUUUGCCCGUCUUUUCAGAAACGCAUCCCAGAAUCAGGUGGGAGCAUGUCCUGUUCACAUACCGAAGUCUAAUCACCCUAGCAUUACGCUUAAGCCAUUGAGUAUCCGUGAUUUUCGCCCAAGCCGCCACCCUCGCUUUUCUGAACGUGUCCUUCUAUCUAUAGAAGUGAAAGAUGACCACAGUGAACGCGAUGUCAAGGCCUGGGAGGCCUGGUUAUCUAGCAACAUACCAGAAGACGUGCUCAGUGUGGACAUUAAGAUUGAAGCCACGUUCCAAAGCCACUCCACAGUCCUUCUGAUAACUGUCCCCCUAGAAGUGUGGACAAUGCUUCCCGACCACCCAGGAUACAACUUCGUGUCGCAUGUGACGUCUAACAACGGGUUUUCCGCGAACAGAGUGGCACUACCUCAUCGACCCGCCCAACCUCGAGGAGAAAAUGAACUAUUGUCACCAAGAAAGCCAGUUAGAUGA